GGGGCGCUCCGUCCCGCUCUAUGUUCCCGACUCUCUGGUGGCCUCCUAUAAUAUCGAAGGGAAAGGAGAAGUUCCCAGCAGAGAGCUGCAGCUGGACUGGGUAUACGGGUACCGGGGCCGGGACUGCCGCAGCAACCUCUUCAUCCUGCCGUCCGGAGAGCUGCUGUACUUCACCGCCGCCGUCUGCGUGUUGUAUGACCCCGUGGCCGGCACCCAGAGGCACUACCGAGGACACACGGAUGACAUCAAAAGCUUGGCCGUCCAUCCGGACUCCGUCACCAUCGCCAGCGGGCAAGUGGCCGGUAACUCCCAGGAUGGCAAGUCUCUGCCGCCUCAUGUCCGCAUCUGGCACUCCGUCAGCCUCUGCACCCUCCAUGUCAUUGGAGUCGGCCAUUUUGACAGAGCGGUGACUUGUCUGAGCUUCUCCAAGACGGAUGGUGGCAGCCAUUUGUGUGCAUGUGAUGAAUCCGGGGACCACGUCUUGUCUGUGUGGCAGUGGCAGCGUGAGCAGAAGGUGACCGAGGUGAAGUGCUCCACGGAGCCGGUGUUGGCCGCCAUCUUCCACCCCACAGAACCCAAUCUGAUCAUCACGUGUGGCAAGUCCCAGCUGUACUACUGGAGCCUUGAGGGGGCCACAGGAGCAACCGCCACGUUAAGCAAGAGGCAAGGGGUGUUUGAGAAAUAUGAGAAGCCACGUUUCGUCCUGUGUGUGGCAUUCGCUGAGAAUGGGGACGUGGUCACUGGAGACUCCAAUGGGAACUUGUACGUGUGGGGUAAAGGUAGUCACCGGAUCUCACAAGCCGUGUGUGGCGCCCAUGAUGGUGGUAUCUUUGCCCUCUGUGUGUGCCGGGAUGGCACGCUUCUCUCUGGAGGCGGCAAGGAUGGAAGAGUCAUUCUAUGGAAUCGAGAGUAUAAGAAAGUGCAGGAGAGCCGGGUACGGUGGGACUGGGGGCCACUGACCACGGUCAUGGAGCCACGCGCUCAGUGUCAGGUCCGCAUUGUACAGAGAAAUGACCAAUCAGCUUCUCUCUCGUAGGGUCACACGGAUGAGCUGUGGGGACUUUGCCGCCACCCGUCCCGUGAUCUCUUCCUGACCUGCGGCCAUGACAAGCUUGUUCACCUCUGGAACAGCAAAGAGCACCAACCGGUCUGGAGCACCACGCUGGAGGACUCUGCCAGAGCGGCCGCCUUCCACCCAUCUGGGAGCGUCGUAGCCGUGGGGACCUGUACUGGAAGGUUCCUUGUCCUGGACUCUCAGUCCCAUGUGAUAGUGACCAGCGUCUCCGAUGCCGCCGAGCAGAUC